GAAAAAAUAUGUCAAAAGGUUUUCAAAUAUUCAUUUUUUUAUUAUUCCCUUAAGUUUUGUAUUGAAAAACGUUGUUAUUUGUUUUGUCUUAAACUCGUGUUCAAUAUUCGCAAUGAUUGAAAUUUUAUCGUUGCCGCGAAGGCCAAAGGAACCCACCGUUGACAUUACAAAAUUGAAAUUAAAAUCCGGACUUCCUUUGAACAGUUUACCCGGAUGGGAGCUAAUACCGCUAAAUUGUAAACUUCCAAUGGUGAAAUGUCCCGGCAAUCAGGUGAUAUUUUCAAUAAAUAAAAUCGGGAAGAUAAUCAAAAAGAAGGAAAGGCAAGAAUUCAAUGUGUCAACCAAUGAAAGUUUGCCCGAAUAUAAUCCCCUGCAGGAUUCCCAUUUGCGCUCAUUUUAUGCCAUUGAACGAAAUUUAAAACGUUUGAGGGAGAACGGGGAAAUUACCGAGAAUAAUGAUGUCAUAUGUAAUUUGAAAGAUUUUAAUAAGUAUCGCCAGGAACUACACAAGGCAAAGGUGUAUUAUAUUCUGCAGGAAAUGAAUCGUAUGGAUUUGGAGCAACGUGAUCGUGUACUCAUAAACAAUGCCGAAUACAUAACCAGCUGUGAUCAUCGCAAUCUGGCAGCACGUCAACACAGCUACAAUGAAGUGCUGCAAAGAAAGAACACAGCAGAUCAGCAGCGUUGGGAGCGUUUUAAGAAGUUGUGGAAAUCCAAGCAGGAUAAAAUAAAUUAUAUUAAAGCUACAAAAACCCUUGAAUCAACAACGGCGGAACAUCAAAAACUUCUGCGUCAAUUGGAUAUGAAAAGGCAUUGGGAACAAUGUCAUGAUAUUCAACGUAAAAAACUAAUCAAAUUCAAAAAACUUAUUCAAUUCAAAAGUGAUCGCUUUCAUAAGAAUAUCAAGCGUCUGCACACGGCCCGCACUCAACAAACCGGGGCGAAAGAAAUGGAUUUGUGGAAGCAACGUUUGGCAGAGCGUAUACGAAAUCAAGAGAAAAUUCGUAGUAUUUUGAGUGAAAUUGAGCGGGAGAAACAAUCCUAUAUUGAAGAACACAAAGCGAAUUGCCGAGAGAAAUGGCAAAUGAUACAAAAAGAGAUCAGAAAUCGUUCAUUACACAAUCGCCGGAAAUUAAAUUUGACCAUGGGCAAGAAGGAUGAAGGCAAGAAUCAGAAUUCGAAACUCACUUCAAAUCCAUCCUACUGUGGUGAUUUUCAAGCAAGCUUUGAUAAACUGCUCGAUGAAGAUGUUUGUAAGGCUUUAAAUGCUGUCUUAGAUAUGGAGGCGAAUUCGCAGGUGCCCUUUGAGGCCAAUGAUCCAAUUUAUAAGGCUGCCCAAUUUAUUAUGCAACAUAUUUUAAAGAAACUCAAAAAAGACCUGUCUGGCGAUAAGGAGGCUUUCGAUAGCCUCUCAUGUCGCAUCGGGUGCUUUUUCGAUGAGGCAAAGAAGUUUGUCAUAUUCAGAUCGACACAAAUCAUUUCGGCAAUACGCAAGGCUUUAGCGGAAGGUCAAUGCCCCAAUUCUAGCGUUUUUGGAAAUGGUUCCAUGUCUCGUCCCUUUCUCAAGCGUACAUCUGGCGGCCGUGUUUCUUUUAAUAAUACGUCGAGUACCAUUGGCAUUUCUAGUUAUGAAAUUCACCCUUUAAUUGAAGUUCGGGAAGUGGGUGAUCGCCGACCAACGCCUGCGGGUUCCUUGGCCUCAAUUGUAGUCGACUCAACGGCCAGCUUGUUGGAAAAGACGCACACCAGUCACCUGUGUCGCAACGAAUUGGUAUUUAUUGAACACUAUUUGACGAAAUUCAAACGAGAUUUACUGGUUGGUAUUGGUCGACGAGUAUUUGCAGCCAUACAGUGUCAUUUCGAGAACAAGAUUAUGAAUGUGCGACAAGAAUUGUUGGAUAUUGAUCGAAAAUUCUUGGUAAAACAAUCAACAAAAUCCAUACUGAGAUAUGCCAUAAAUCCACUUGACUUUGAAUCGAAUUUACGCCUUUGUAUCAGUGCUCUGUCGAGUGACAUCAUUUGGUCAUUGCAAAAGGUUUUGUUGAAAAUGCCCACAGAUCCAAGACGUCCCAUCAAACCGCGGGCGAAUUGUCAAUGUAUGCAAGAGAAUCAAAUGUAGUCAUGUCCAUUUGGAAUUGUUUGCAAUUUAGAAAUUAUUAAUAAAUUUGAUAUAUUUAGAUAGAA